CGGCGGAGCAGCCAAUGGGAGCGCGGGAUGGGCGGCGGCCGGGGUAUAUAAAGCACCGCCCCACGCGGCGCGGUUCAGCCUCACCUGGGGACGCGGAGCGGAGCAGCGGGCGGGAGCGGACAGCGGCACACGGGCAAAAUGUGCGACAAACCGGACCUGUCCGAGGUGGAGAAAUUCGAUAAGAAGAAGCUGAAAAAGACCAACACGGAGGAGAAGAACACGCUGCCCUCCAAGGAGACCAUCGAGCAGGAGAAGGAAUGUGUGAAGUCUUCCUAGAGCGAUGGUCUGGCAGGAAGAGCCGCCACUCGAUUGGUUUUUGUUAGCUUGUUCUUUUUCCUUUUCUAUGAAUUAAAUCAUCCGUUUUUUUUGUUGGGUUUUUAUUCCUUUAACUUCCAUCAUGUGCACGUCUAAAGACCAGCCGUAUCUGCUAACCCACUGCCCCACCUCGCUGGCAGCUUUGGUGAAUGGGGGACACAAAACGUGCCCCCCCCCCAGGUCCAUCAGCCCAACCCCAUGGGUGCUGCCCAGCUGACCUUGCUCUGAUGCAGGGGCUGCAGAGGCUCGUGGGGGCAGAGCUCUGCACUGUGGGGGAGCAGCAUCCUUUCUGGCCAGCCCGUGGCCUCGGUGUGUCUCACAUCCUUUUCACUGCUGGUGUUCUGUAGCCUCACUCACUAUUUGUCUUCCUUGGGGAAAAAAAAAUAAUGAGAAGUUUAUUAUAAAAUAAAACAAAAGUAUAACGAC